AUGACGGUGUUCAACGGCCACAGGCCCCUCGUGGACCUUCUCUACACCCGUGCCAACAAGUAUAUAUCUGCUAACUGGGAUGGUAUCCAUGAUGAUGAGACUGGUGUCCAUGGUUACUCUUGGGGAUCAGGCACCACCGCCUGUGAGGAGAUGAUCCACGUCCAUGAGGACCCCCACAUCAACCUUUUCUCUCCGGCACAGUGGGACUAUAAGGGAGUGCUCUUCCCUCUGCCGGCUCCAUUCGAAAUACUAGAAGAUGGACGGUACUACAUAACCGUUCGAGCAUUGAACAAGGUUGAGUUUGGUGGUCCAUUGGCAUUGUCUGUCUGUCACAUGAAUCCGUACAUCAUUGACAACACCCGGCCCAUCUUCUAUGAGAUCUACAACAUUGGUUACAAAGAGGAAACACACACCGUCUUUACCAGCUAUAAUGCCACUGAUGAUUUAUCUGGGAUUCAGUACAUGGACUUCUGUCUCGGUGAGACAACUCAUGAUUGCAAUGUAAUGGAGUGGCUCGCUGUGGACCAUGAUGAUAAUUCCACUGCCGAGGCCGUCUUCAACCUGCUUCAUGUCGACUUCCCUGUCUGGCCGAAACUACAAGCUGUAAAUGGAGUGAACCUGACUCGAAUCAAGGUCUCUCCAUUCCCCCUGCUGAUCGAUAUGACCCCACCCAUUGCUGGAACUGUCAAUGAUGGAAACCUAUAUGAGGUUGAUAUUACGUAUCAAAAAGACGCUGAUCAGAUCUGCACCAACUGGUAUGGAUUCUAUGACGCAGAGUCCGGUAUCUCCUCCUACAUGGUGGCUGUUGGCACGACCCCUAAUGGCACUGAUAUCAGCACCGGCAUCACACUCGGCAACCACAUCUCCAAUUACUGCGUUGACCUGCCGUCCGAUGGUCUCCUCCAGCAUAAUACCAUGUACUACAGCACUGUUUGGGCUUACAACAGUGGUCACAAACAACUGAAUACUUCUGCUACUAGUAAUGGAGUUUUGGUUGAUCUGACUGCUCCUCUGACUGGUGAAAUAGUUGACGGUUUGGAGGAUGAUUUCACAGAUAUCGAAUACAAUUCCAACCCUGCAACUGUGGAUGCCCAGUGGAGGGAUUACUCGGACCCUGAGUCGGGUAUCAUGGAGUAUAGUCUCCAGGUUGAGGUGGCCAGCAACAUGUCCUUUAAUUAUGACGUCGCACACGCAUGGGAUGCAGUCAGCAAAAAUGACUCCAGCAUCGAGUGGCACCACUUCCAUCUGCAUCAUCGAGAUCGUGUGCGAACCAGGCUCAGGACGACCAACCAUGCCUUGAACGAUGUCACCACAUCCAGUGACUCAUUUAUCGUUGAUAGGACGCCCCCUGUUGUCACGUUCCUUGGAGACGGAUCGACACUAGGCGUUGACAGAGAUUACCAGUCCGACAAAACCCAGUUUUCCUCAAACUGGGAAUUCUUUGAUGAGGAGUCGGGCCUUGAUCAUUCGAGGACGAUGGUUUAUCAGAUGCACGGUGGAUCCAAGUUACAGUUCUACCCUACUACAAGGGGUGUCUGGAGCAUGGAGAGCGAUCCUGCUGUACAGAGCCACACAGACAUUCUUGAUCUUACUACCGGUGCCCACUACUCCAGUAAGGUGGCCUCGACUAAUCGUGCCAGGCUGAGCGCCCCGUAUCAUACUGAUGGUGUCAUUAUUGAUGACACAGCGCCACAUAUGCAGUUUGUUCAUACCGGUGCCAUGUCUGGAGCCAGUGAGGAGAUUGUUGAGGAGAACGUCUGGCAAGCGGAUCCGAAUGGUAUCCGGGGAAGCUGGCUUGGUAUUGAUGGAGAGUCUGGUGUAUCCGAAUACUUUGUUGCUGUAGGAUUGUCACCUGGUGACACGAGUGUGAGUGACUGGCGUACGAUGGGAGACAAGACCGAUGGUUACAUUGGUGGCCUGAGUUUAACUCUGGCUGAUCCUGACCUGAAGACGCCACAGUAUUACAUCAGUGUCAAGGCACUUAAUGGAGCUGGGCUAGAGUGUGCAUUGAUGUCUGGGAGCCCCCUCCUCGUCGUUGAUGAAGACAAGAUUGGGUUCGUUAUUGAUGGAGCAGGAGACACUGAACACUCAGAACAGGCCGCCAGCGGUGUUGACAUCGAUUACCAGGCUGACACUGCCACACUGACAUGCCAGUGGGACGGUUUUGAGAGCACUCUCCACGGUAUCAGGCACUACGAAUGGGCGGUUGGAUUGACUCCUCGUGCUGAAGAUGUUAAACCAUACAUGGGUGCUGGUAUUAUUCCUAGGGAACACCUGGACCCAGUUGGCAAGGGUUUGCCUGGUGCUGGGAAGGCCAGCUCUCCUCUCGAUCUCAAGCAUGGCCAGACAUACUACUGUACAAUCAGGGCGUUCACUGGUGGUGAGAAUUUGCUCGAGGCUGUGUCUGAUGGCUUCAUUGUGGACUUGACACCUCCAACCAUUGAGUUAAUUGACAUUGGUCUUGACGACAAUAGCACAGACCUCACCAAUUCCUCAGUGCAUUACCAAAUCUCUGUCGACUCACUCUCUGGAGAAUGGGAAUAUGAAGAAGAUGAAUCAAAGAUUGUCCAAGCCCUGUAUGCCUACGGUACCUACCCUGGAAGUGAUGACAUCUACCCAUGGACCAACGUUGGACCCAUACCCAACUGGUUGGAGAACUCCGUGCCCAUUGCCUUGGUGAAACCAGAGCACUCUGGCAUGUCCAAUAUUCUGACUGUCAAGGCGUUUAAUAACCUGGGUUAUUCGACGCAGAUUCAUUCUGGUUCUAUUGUUGUUGACACAACGCCACCUGUUGAGGGAACUGUGAUAUGCCCAGAGACAAUCCCUUCCGCCACCCAGCUGGAGUGCACCUGGUCAGGAUUCUAUGAUUCCGAGAGUCCCAUCACAGCGUUCACUUUUGGACUUGGAACCCAGGAGCUUGUUGAUGAUGUCUACACUUUUGCUACAGUUGAUGCUAGCAAGAGCAAGCAUGUUGCCAAAUCCUUCCUACAGCCACUGGUGCACCAAGGCAUUUACUACGCAUCUGUGACCGCUGUUAACUCCGUCGGUAAGGUCUCCACGGCGUUCUCCCAACCAAUCACAAUUGACAACACCCCGCCCGUCCAUGGAACAAUCGUAGAGCUUCCCGGUAUCUACUACCUUGCUCUGGAUAGCCCUGGUGCUGUGGAUACGAGGAACACUGUCAUCUGCAACACUACAAGUGGAUGUAGUGCUAUUGAUGCCACUUGCCAGGAGUCACUCACCCAGAUAGCCGUUGUCUGGACAGCUUUCUCUGAUCCAGAGUCCCAGAUUACCAGGUACCAGUUGGCCGUCGGAUCUACUCCAGGUGGUGGACAGCUGCUACAGUUCUUUGAUGUUGAACUUGAUGACCCGAAUGUGUUGAAUUACGUCAUCAGCGGUCUGGACAUGAUUGGGCUAAGACAGGUGUUUGUUACCGUGAAAGGUUUCAAUGAAGCUGGCCUUUCGAGUGUUGCUAUCUCAAAUGGUGUCUUCCUUGCUUACACAACUCAAGGUCUCGCACCUCUCUACGUCUACGAUCUGUUCGACACCAAGGAUGAGACUGGUGACAUGGAUUACCAAGUGAAAUAUGACACCCUGAGUGGCCGGUGGGACUUCAGUGGUGACCCGUGCCCAAUGGCGUCAUAUUCCUGGUCCAUUGAACGAUUGGAUGGAACUGUUGCACAAGACCCAAUUGACCUUGGAACCCAAACAUUUGGUGACAAUGAUAACAUGAUGAUGUCUGACUACGAGACAUACUUCAUUUUGGUGAAUGCAACCAAUGUACUCGGGUUCAGUCAGAUCAUGCGUUCAGAUGGUAUUGCCAUCCAGAAGGAUCCGCUCUACCCUGGCACCGUCAAUGAUGGCGACGUGACUGGAUUCGAUCUCCUCUACUGGCCGUUUACUGACAAGAUCACUGCAAACUGGGAUCACUUUGGAGUUCAGAAUACCGCCUCCUUCCAGCCUCAAGUUCUCUCUGGAAAUCCUGGUCAAGCUGAAGAAGAGGAACAAGUUGACAACAAGAACCAGGGAGUCGAUUAUUACGAAAUCGCCAUUGGAACAGACCGAAGGUAUCCAAAGUCACGUGACAAUGUUGUACCAUACACGAACGUCGGACGCAACUUGUCACACACAUUCUUUGAUCUUGACCUCGUUCCCUUGACCGCUUUGUACUAUGUGACCAUCCGUGCGCACAGCUUCUCACAGGCUGUGAGUGAGGUGACUUCCAACGGUUUCUUCGCUGGAUACAAUGAUGCUGUACUUGCGCAACCGAUCCAAAUGCGAGACUACUGGAACAAUGCAAGCUAUCUGACCAUGCACUGGGACCCAUUUACUGCCUCGCCCGCGAUCAUGCACUACCAUGUGGGUCUUUCAAACCAUUCAAUGGCCGACAGCUACAACUGCAAGGAACUUAUUGAAGGUGGUGAUGUGACUACUGACCAGAAGGCAGAACUCUUCAACGUGGUGGCACUGACGAACUUGGGAACAAACAGUAUGCUGGAGAUCUUCAACAUGUCGCUUGUUCACAACUCUUCCUACUAUGUUAUGGUGAUAGGUGUGAAUGAAGCAGGCAAGUGUAACUCGAGUAGUUUUCCCUUCACUAUUGAUCUGACCAAUGUUGAGGAGGGAAGACUAAGAAACGGACCUUACUAUGAUCAGAAUGCAACAUACACAGAUUCCCUCUCAGAGAUCACGCUGAUCUGGGAAGGCUACCACGAUCCGACGUCCGGUAUCAAGACUUUUGAAUUGUCACUGUGGACAUAUGAGUCGUGCAGUUUGGAACAUUCGGACAAUGCCUCUCUAGUUGUCGAUUGGAUCACUCUCGACGGUACCUAUACUGGGUACACUUUCACAGAGCUGACCCUUGUGCUGAAUAAGCCAUAUUUCGUGAUCAUGCGUACGACCAAUUGGGCAUACAGUCAUAUCAAUACCACCACAGUUCCAAUCCUCGUUGAUACGUCAGUACCGACUGCUGGAAAUGUUAUCGAUGGUCUAUCAUAUCUUCAUGACGCAAGAUGGAAUGGCUUCAAUGACUUCUUGGAAGUGAGCUUUCUACAUUGGCAGGAUGGCACCAUCACAGCAUGUGCAGACACGCCAAUCGAUGUCGUGCAGGAUCCCAACUGGUCCAAACUGGCAAUCCAGGGGCUACUAAUGCCAUCUGGUGCAGAGUGGAACAUUGUCUAUAUUGCGGACGAGGUGCAGCCGAGGCUUGAUGGGAACGGUAUUCAAGUGCGCAUGAUCCGUGAUACCAAGGCCAGUAGGAUGUACUCCGGGGCGUAUAGUAUCAAUGCCGACUUUGCCAGUGGUGGAAAAUAUCAAGUUGAUAUCCAGGCAGGCAAUGGAACUGGUCGUGCUAUUACCAGCCUGCUUUUCUGGGAUGGUCCAGCAUCCAUGAUUGGGGAAUACCUCGUACCAAUGGAAGAAGACUGGGCUGCGGAGACUUGCAGAUGCUGCUAUUAUGAUCCAGUGCCUGUGGACUGUAUAUGUAACUGUACAGAGUAUAUGGCAGUACUAGACUUCUACAACAUCACCUUGCCCCCAGAGCCAACAACCACCAUGACACCUAAUGCAGCGCCAGUGCCUUGGGCUAUACAGCAAGUGGCACUGCCAGGAGAUAAUGUUGAUCAUAUCAUUAGCAACAUGCCACAGGACGGACAGCCAUCUUGUGGCUUCCAGUUGCAUCCAGGAACGCCAAGCUACAUCAACCUGUGGUGUCGAUUCGCCAAUGACACUUAUGAAAUCGUAGAAACGCGACACCAGGUUGAGUUCGACUUGACAGUAUGGAACACAUAUGAGAUUGAAUUCUAUGAAUUCUAUGAUCAGUCAACUAUUCCAACCAGAUGUGUUCAUGUUAAGCUUGCCACUAGCGAUGAACACCUCGCAUCGCUGUGCGGCAUCCCUCAACUCUCCAACUCAACACGUAUGAUCUUCCACGUUUUCAACUCUAACAACUACGUCCCUCCAUUGACGGACACAAUGAAUCCAUGGAGUGUGACAUCAUACUUGAGAGAAGUGCGUCUGCCACCAAGUAGCGAUCAGCUGUGUCGCUAUGGUAACCCGUUCAUGGGGGGGACUAACCCUAUCAUCAGUUACGAAGCCGCUGUUGGCUAUGAAGCUGGAACUGAGGAUGUUGUUGCAUUUACUCCGAUGCUGCGUCCCUGUGUCCCAUGUGGUGCCUCUUGUUCACGUUACCUCUGUACCCCCGGAUGUGACGGACAGAUCAUGGAAAAGCUGGUCAUUACAAUUCCAGAUCUUGAGCUCUCCUAUAACAGGACCAUUGUUAACAUUACUGGCUUCAAUACAACUGAACAAGCUCUUUAUCACGUCUCAGUGAAAGCUGUUCUAGCAUCUGGUGAAAGUGUCAUAACCUCAUCGAAUGGUGUCGGCGUUGACAUAACCCAGCCAGCAACUGAGGAAGUCUUCUACAUUGAUGUGGCCCGUGAUCCAUAUGCCCCUAUCAACUUCAUGUCAUCAAACACUACUGUGAAGGCUUUGUGGACAUGUUCUGAUGAGGAGAGUGGGAUAACGGAAAAUCUUUGGGCGAUAGGAUCAUACCCAGGGGGAACUGAUAUCCAGGACUUUGUCUCAGUUGGUGAGGCUGUCACAGGAACAAAUGAUGGCCUAGCAGGGUUUAUCCAGCAUAACGUGUCUCUGUAUGUCUCUGUGAGAUGUGUCAAUGGUGGAGGACUAUCAAACAUGAUCAUAGACACCGCAGGUAUACUUCCUCUGUUGAUCCCACCGUCUGCUGAUGAUGUUGCCUCCACCCUUCCCGAUGCGCAGUCAUUCCCAGUUGAAGUGAACCCACCAAAUACUUAUGAGACUGAGGAUCCUACGACAACAGGAGCCACUUGGACGCUCAGCAGUGAUGUCACAAUCAGGCGCUACGAAUACUGUCUUGGAUCUUCCAAUACCUCAAUUGAUGACCUCUUCCCCUGUACUUGGGUCGGCUACAAUACUACAGGGAAGGUUGAGAUCAAAAAUGGAUACCUGACGAUUGACGACAUUCAAGUGCGGCCAUUGUCUGAGUUUAGAGCACCAGAGGCGAAUAAUUCCAUGCCAGUGUCGACAAGUAAUUUCCAGAUGGAAGUCGGUCGAGCCCUGUUUACACAUAUGAAGCUCUGUAAUGAAGCUGAGGUUUGUGUUGUGAAGUUUGUUGGAACGACCAUGGUGGUGGAUGCGGGCAGCCAGCUGGAGACGGCCACAGAAGGUGGAAGCAUAUCAGCGUCCCUCACUGCAGCAAGACGAAAGAGAUCGACCGGUGAUACCUUUGCCGUGAAUACACCUUCUGGCUUGGAAGCAGGCCAAUCUAUCCUGCUUGGUGAGUUAAGUGCAGCCGAUUUAUCCACAUCAUAUUCAUCUGAUGCGUCUGCUAAUUACCAGUCAUACAUUGUCAAUCCGGCUGACACAUCUGAUAUGCUCCAGAGGCAGUUGGACAGCAGGGUGCAGACUUGGCCGACGUCUGGUUACUAUAUUUCCCCAGUUGGUGGCCUUGCUAUGCCAGGUGCCCUAGAGGUAACCGUCUCCUACGAUGCUAGCUAUCUGGAUGCUGUUGCAGAUACCCGCCCUGCUCUGCUGCACUGGGAUUCAGAUAAUCAAAAUUGGGCCAUGUCUGAAGAGACUUGCACCAGCGAAUCCAAUGUUCUCACAUACGACACUGGUGCCACUACCAUCACAACCAAAGUGUGCAGCACGAGAGAAAACUCAACAACAACAAGUUCCUCUUCCCGACGGAAGAAGAGAUCGACUACUUCAUCGUACUUUGAUACAUCGACUAUGUUUGUCGUUGCUUCCAUUUCGACCACCAUCACUAAUAACGCUCCGAAUCUAACAUCACUGACGGACCUGUGGAUGGAUGAGGAUGCUGGUACCUUGGUGUACACGAUGACGGCCUCUGAUGUUGAAGGCGACACCAUCAUCUUUGAACUUGAUUCUAGCCUCAGUUCAGUAACAACUGGUUCAGCUACGCUUGCUUCUGAUGGAACUUUCACGUAUCAGCCGUGUACCGAUUGCCAUGGUAUGGACUACAUAGCCAUCAUAGUAACAGAAGACCAGACAGGCACCAACAUUACUGCAGCGUCUGCCUACUAUAACAUCUCUAUGAAUGUAUCUGAAGUGGCCGACAGCCCAUCACUUGCUUUCAGCCAAUAUGGAAUCAAUCUCUUCCCAUCUGAUGCAAAUAAGUCAGUUAUUAUCACCGUGGACAAGAACCAUUGGGACAACAUUGCCUACAGCCCUUACACUUUCCUAGUGCUUGGAUAUGACCAGGAUGACUAUGACAAUCUGACCAUCAUUGUCGAUAGUCCCUCGUCAGGCACAGUCUUAGUUGGAAAUGUUUCAAGGGAUACUGUCACAUUGCCAUCAUCAUGUCCAGCAAGCUCAGCAGCAGCUGAUCUUCCUUGCUCCAACAUAAACCUUGACCACGCCUCUACCUCCUAUAAAUGGGCCGUAUCGAGCAUGACGUAUACGCCGAAUGUGGACUUCUACGGCUGGGACGAGUUCCGUAUCAUGAUUGGCGACUCGACUGGAUUGUAUUCUGACCUGCUGCAUGUUUAUGUGGCUGUGCUGGAGAACCCAUGUCAGCACAAUGGAACAUGUGUUGGUCCAUCCGAUGACCCGUCUUGCACCACGACCACCAGGGCACUUGGAUAUUCUGGCUACUCUUGUUCAUGUACCGAUGGAUGGACCGGGGACUAUUGUCAGACGGACAUUGAUGACUGCACUAGCGCCCCCUGUAACUAUCCUAUGGCAUGUUACGAUAUGUUGAAUGGCUACCGGUGUGCAUGUCCCCAGCAUUGGCCCAAUUGCGAGGUUGAAUUCACAGCAUGGAUGGCCACAAUGGCAGCAGUUUUUGUUCUCAUUAUCCUGGGUGUGGUUGGUGGAGUUCUUUGCUACAAGUUCAGGCUCAAGAGUAAACGUAACCCUCAAAUGAAGACGAAGGCGUACUAUGAUCUGACAAGAAACAGAAGGAACACCAUGAAGAAGGGUAUUGACAACAAGGCAUUGAUUGAUGGUACUAUUCCUGGUACAAUUGGUGAGGAUGAAGAAUACACAAGACCUCCCACAUCUGCCAGCAUGUACAGUGAGAGGAACAUGACACCAGUCCCAAGAAUCAGUCGCCCAGACUCGGUCCUGUCUGGCAAGUUCUCCCUCGAUGGUGUCACCAGGGGUGAAUCAAGCGAUGACUCUCCAAGCCCUGAUGGCUUGGCUAACAUCUACAAGGGGGGGCUCAUGGGACGGCUCAAAUCGCGCGUGACAUGGCAAGGUUUGAUUGACAAGACACCAAAGAUUCCGCUCCCGUGGGGCCUCAACAUAAAUAAGUCGACUGCUACGAAGACGAGUCACAUCCAAAAGCUGGAUGAAACAAGUAGCACGUCAUCAUGGGAAGACAGCGACAGAGCUCCAACCAGGCAGAGUAUCUACAGCAUUGACAGUGGCCCAUCCCCACCACCAAUGGUCAGCUUCCCUGGUGCGGCGCCUCCUGAAGGCUAUUCCCCAACACAGCAGAUGCAUCCACAGCCACUCACCACAGUUAAUAAGGUUGGUGCCUUUGCCAAUGCAGCUAGACCAAGUAAUGCUACAAGAAUUGGAUCAGCCACAACUGUGAAGACUGUGAAAUCAUCCACUCCAUCUGUGGAUCGCUCCUCGAAGCCGUCAUCAGGCAGGCCGUCUUCGGCCGGGCCGUCUGUUGAUCGUAGCUCCAAGCCGUCUCGUGGAAGCAGUGCUUCCAGCGGGAGCUCUAGUCAGAGAAAGAGCGCAUGGAGUACUGGCCAGGAUGAUGGAGCAGCAACAUACGACCUUCCACCAGUUUCAACAGAUCAAGAUCUCUGGUAGAAUAACAGAUCUGAGUUGCCCACAUGUUGAUUUCUAUCAGUCUUGUGGGUAGUUCACUGGUUAAUAACUUGGGAAUGAUAAAUGGACUAUGAGUGGGAACACUGUACAAGCUCUCUGCAUGGGUUCUAUCUCAAUUAUCUCGAUCGCAUUAUUCCUUUUCCAUGGGAAUGUUGGGCAGUGCCAUUCUAUGGUUUAGUUAGAGUCACAAACUACAUGUUGUGGUUGUGCCAUUGCCUCUUACCUUUUUUGACGAAAUCUACCUAGAUUGCUUGAUUAUGCAGUGUGUAUAUCAUUAUAUUCUGUAUCUUUACAUUCCACUUAAUUUAGCAAGUUGAUCAGCAUUCAGAAUAAUAACAACAAAUUGAGAUCUUGAACUAACUUCAGUCAAAUUUGAAAAAAAUGUGUCUUCGGAAUUAUUAAAAAGAUAGUCAUUUCUGUAUCUGAAUAAUUAAUACGUUUUGUUGAAAGCUUUACACUCUCAUUUACAACCUAGUCACCAUCAUUUAGCUCUGUAGCUUUGAUCAUAUUCUGUGAUAUACUAUUAAACUUUUAUUUCUAUUCUUUAA